CAGCUAUCGCUUAGUGUGUUUUUCGUCAUUCUAAACAUUUUCUCUCUCCUCUCUUCUUCUCUUUCUCUCUCCUCUCCAGCUUUUAUUCUCUCUCUUUCAGUUGUGUUUGUGUGUGCCCUUUCUGUAUCAGCCAAAGGGUAAAACCAAAACCCCACACCACUGUUUUCUUCACAACACUGCAAAAUCUCUACUUUUCUAUACCUCACACCAUUGAACACCCUGCACUCUUACCCCAAGUAAUUGUUUUCUCCCAUUAAUCACUAUAGCAACUUCUUUCACUAUUCAGGAGGGUCACAUUUGGAGUUAAUUUUUCUGUUUGUUUACUUGAAGUUUACAUUUCCCCAUGACAUUUUGACACCUUCACUUUCACCUCCUCAUAUUUCUCAAGAUGGAAUCAGUGAAACCUUCUGCAGUAACAACACCAAGCAAGAAACUAGCUAGAAACUUUGCUAAAGUUCUUCAUCUUAGAGCCUUUCUGAAGAAUGUUACUAUAUCUGAAACAAAUCCAAAAGAUGAAACAACUGCAAUCAAUUGGUCUGAAUCAUUCAACAAAGUUGAUGAAGAUGAAGAGCUUCAAGAACAAAGGGUUGCAACAGAAGCACUUCUUGCUAAGGUUUUCGCUAGUGUUUCGACGGUUAAAGGUGCUUAUGCUGAGCUGCAGCAUUUUCAAUCACCCUUUGAUCCUGAUGGAAUUGAAGCUUCUGAUAAACUACUAGUUUCCGAGUUGAAGCAUUUGUCUGAGAUUAAGCAGUGUUACUUGAAGAAACAGUUUGAUCCUUUGCCGGAGAAAGCGAUACUCGAAGCUGAAUCGAAGGAGACAAAAGGUGUGAUAAAAACCUAUGAGAUUACGGCAAAGAAGUUGGAGUCACAGGUUAGGCUCAAGGAUUCUGAGAUUAUGUUUCUUAAAGAGAAGUUAGUGGAAGCUAAUAGUCAUAACAAGUUAAUCGAGAAGAGAUUGAAUCAAAGUGGAUCGUUAUCGGUAUCUUCAUCUUCGCUAGAUAAUAAUGUUCACAUAUCAGGGUUAAGUCCUAGCCAUUUUGCUAGCAUUCUUCGUCACACGGUUAAAUCGAUUAGAAACUUUGUGAGGUUAGUUGUUGAUGAAAUGAGAUCUGCAAAAUGGGAUAUCGAUGCUGCUGUCGAUGCUAUUGAACACAAUGUUGUCUACUUGGUAGAAGAUCACAAGUGUUUUGCGAUCGAAUCCUUUGUUUGCAAAGCAAUGUUCGACGCGUUUCACUUCCCAAAUUUCAAUCUUCCCAACGAGUCCCUUCCGGACGACAGAACCAAUCAACAAAACUGGUUCUUGCAGAACUUCAACGAGCUGAAAUCAACAAAAGUUAAAGACUUUCUCGCCGCGAAACCACGAUCCUCAUUCGCCAAAUUCUGCAUGAACAAGUAUCUGAGACUCGUCCAUCCGAAAAUGGAGUCAUCCUUUUUCGGAAACAUGAAUCACAGAAACUUUAUAAGCAACGGAGAGUUUCCAAAAAGUGAAUUUUUCGCAUCGUUCGCUGAAAUGGCGAAAAGGGUUUAUCUAUUACAUUGUUUAGCAUACUCUUUCAAAGAUCAAGCUGAGAUUUUUCAAGUUUCAAAAGGGUGUAGAUUUUCUGAUGUAUACAUGGAAAGUGUGAACGAUGAAAUCUUCAUGUGUUCUUCAAAUUCAGACAAGACAACAACAAUAGUUGAACCAGAAGAAGAACCAGUUGUUAGUUUCACUGUUGUUCCUGGUUUUAGAAUUGGUAAAACAGUUUUACAGUGCCAAGUUUACCUCAUGCAGAAGAAAAAUUCAUAGUUUCAAUAAAAAGACAUGUAAUAGGCCCUACAACAAAGGUGAAGGACAUGGCAUGGCAUGAAAAACGAGGGCAAUUUUGUCCUUUUGUGUUUUGUUUAUUUUAGAAAAAUGAAAAGAAAAGGAAAGCUAGUGGACCAUAGCAUUGGGAACAACCUUUUUCUUUUAGAAUCUUUUUUUGUUUUUUUGUUUUAAUUUUAUCAAGAUUUUAUAUAUUUAUGAAAAACAUCCCCCCAAAAAUUUGUUGAUAUCAGGGCGGUGACAGGGGUGGUCUAGCUGUUAUGCAUCUGUAGAAGACAUUGCAUGAUAUAAUAUGUAUAUAAUAAUAUUAUGAUAUAUAGGUAGGAAUUUUAUAAUGCUUUUUUGCUUUUUA